GUCACUCGGAAUGAUGGCAACAUUGUAGUUGUUGUGUGGUCCAAUACAUUGCUGAAAACAUGGUUAAAACGUUUGAAUUCAAGUUUAGCGACAAAGGCAACGCUCUUCCUGAGGGUUUUUGGUCUGCCGUGGAUGUUUGGAUAAAGAAGCCUCACGUUGUCAAUAAGCGGCUAUGUGGCGUUAUACAGACUGAAGAUAGAGAUGUAGACGUGGGAGAGUUUAAAGAUUUCUUGUCCAAAUUGACACAAUGUGGCACUGAUGAACUCAGCGAAGUGGUCUCCUUUUUGGAUAGUGGCACAGACCACGAUAAAGGCCACUUGAUUAACAGACAGUUGUCUCUUACAGUCAGGACAAUUAUCCCCAAGGUAAACACAUACGGGACCCAUGCACACAAGGAAAUAAUACUCAAAGAUGUCGGAAGGCAAAGAGUGUUUUUUGUGCCCAUUGAGCAGGAGGAUGGGGAUAGCCAUCUGCUCAAGAAAAGUAACAUGUACCAGAUUCAGCUUCAUGGGGUAACAGAUGAGGACUGGAUGCUGUCCCUCCAUGUUCCUCACCCUGAGGAGUGGCUGAGCAACGGUGUGGCCUACCCCAAACUGCCCUGGCUGGACAGCGAGCUCCUGCCCAAGCUGGCACGCUGGGCCACGGAGAGUCGAAGCAGCGAGUUCAAGAGCACCCUCUCCCUCAUCUCCGUGCAGAAGUACAGCCUCCAAUACCAGCAGCUCAAGGACAAGUACAAGGAAAUGGUGAAGGUUUGGCCUGAAGUCACAGACCCAGAGAAAUUUGUCUAUGAAGAUGUUGCCAUUGCCACAUAUUUGCUGGUCAUGUGGGAUGAGGAGCGUGCUGAGAAGGGGCUAACAGGCAAACAGUCGUUUGUGGAUCUUGGCUGUGGCAAUGGACUCCUGGUUCACAUUCUGACCAAUGAAGGGCAUCCAGGAAAGGGCAUUGACGUACGCAAGCGCAAAAUCUGGGACAUGUACGGCUCGGAAACACAUCUAGAGGAGGCGGCAAUCUCGCCAGGCGAAGGCUGUUUGUUCCCACACGCUGACUGGCUGAUUGGAAACCAUUCCGAUGAGCUCACACCGUGGAUCCCCCUCAUUGCCGCCAGGUCGUCCUUCUCCUGUCGGUACUUUGUUCUCCCGUGCUGUUUCUUCGACUUCUUUGGGAAGUAUCAGCGGAGACAGUGUAAGAAGUCUCAGUACAAAGAGUACAUUGAGUUCAUCGCAGAGGUCAGCACACAGUGUGGAUUCGACACUGAGGAGGACUGUCUCAGGAUUCCCUCCACAAAACGGGUAUGUCUGGUGGGAAAGAGUCGGAGGUAUGCCGCUUCUGAAGAGUCGUUAGCAGAGGAGUGGCGACGGAACCUCCUUAAAUCGCGCCAGUGCCCCCCCUCAGCUCCCCCGGGUGAGCACCAUCUCCAUGGCGACGGUGACGGACAGGAGGAGGGCGGUUGCCAUGACGCUUGGGGCAGCGGAGGCUUCCAGCCCCGGGAGAGGACAGAGGUGGUGCGCAACUGCGGAGGGUUGCCGCGGGAGUUUGUGGACGGGGUGGUGCUUCAUGUGGCCAACACACUCCUGGGCCUGACAAAGGAAGAGAAGGAGGAGGAGGAGGAAGAGAAGAAGAGUGACAAAGACACCUGGAACACGGGAGGCAGUCUGGCGGUGCGCGAGGUGGCGGAGCUGCUGGAGGCAUCUGUGCUGCAGAGGCUGAAGAAGGAGUGUGGCGGCCUGCAGACGCUCCUGAAAAACAACCACCAGGUGUUCAGAGUGGAGGGGGGCAGGGUGUACAUCCGAGACUGGCGCGCGGCAGUGCUGAGCGGUGGGGUGGCAGCGCGACGCGACGCCAAGCGUAAGCCUCCACCACCAGAGGGCGCUCUGAAGACCCGGCCCUGCUGGUUCCACGCUCACCACCCCCGCGGGUGCCCGCUGUCCACCGAGCGGUGCCCCUUCGCCCACGGCCACGCAGACCUCAGGCCUUCCACCCGGCCAAUCAAAAAGCCCAGACACUGAUGACCAGCGGAUCGUGUGACCAAGGAGAGGCCUGUGAUUGGCUGGAUGUUUUCCAGGAAGUCUUCCAGGAAGUCUCUCUGCUCAGCUGUACAUGUGUGUGAGUGUGUGAGAUAUAUAAAGAGAGACCGUGUGUGUGUGUGUGUGUGUGUGUGUGUGUGUGUU